AUGAUAUCAGGUUAUGAUCGUGGCUUCUUUACAUUUUCAAUUCGUUUCUUUUUCUUACAAAUUUUACGGUUUAUUAUGCGGGAUUGGCUUGCUCUUCCUUUAGCUUCUACUAGUGGUAGAAAGCAGACUAUUGUCAACUCCAAUAAUAAGGAAAUCCCGAGUGAAGAUGAUGAAAGCCUAAAGAAGGUAGUUACGAAAGAAGACGUUGAUAAUAAAGAAGAGUUGAUGACUACGGAUGAAAUGAAAAAUAACGAGGCAUCGGAUAUGAUAUCAGCACGUAGUCAUUCUUUAUCCAAUGAUUCAACAUCUGUGACUACUACUGCUGAUCAUGUAUCAACGGAAAUGACAACAAUUUAUUGGAAUCAUGGUGGUAAAAAAGUUCAAAUCACUGGCGAAUUUGAUAAUUGGACAGGAUCUAUGGAAAUGGUACAGGAUGAUAAAGACCCGAAUCGUUUUGUCAUUCAUAUUCCAUUGGAGUUAGAUAAAGAAAUUGAAUAUAAAUUUAUAGUGGAUGGAGAAUGGAGAUAUGCCUAUGAGUUACCUCAUCGUAGAGAUUGGCGCAAGUAUAUGAGCAAAUAG